CUUUGCUCUGGACCAACUGCGUCGUUUCUGCCCGGUGACGCAAACACGUCAUCCCUCAGUAGGCGGAAAAGCGGUAGUGUGUGUUUCUGAAUCUGAGAUAAAGCCAAACCGGGUGUUUUUAUUAAGGAGGAUCACCCACAGGACUCGGACGCACUCGGGGCUUUUGCGCGUCUUUGCGGCUGCGGACAUGGCGUUUCCUGCGGGUCAGACAGACGUGCAGAUGGACAGAGGCGCGCUGAGCGGACAGACAGUUUCCUCUGAAAACAACAUUGACAUCGACGAGAAAGAGUUGGAGAAUAUCACAAAGAAACACCGAGAAGACGAGGGCUCGACGCUGCCUCUGCACUCACCCUGGACGUUUUGGUUGGACAGGUCGUUACCAGGAACGACGGCGGCAGAAUGUGAAUCCAAUCUGAAGAAGAUCUACACGGUGCAGACUGUUCAGAUGUUCUGGAGCGUAUAUAACAACAUCCCUCCGGUGACGGCCCUGCCUUUGAGGUGUAGCUAUCACUUAAUGAGGGGAGAACGGAGGCCGCUCUGGGAAGAAGAAAGCAACGCAAAAGGAGGAGUAUGGAAGAUGAAAAUACCCAAAGAAAGCACAGCGACAGUUUGGAAAGAGUUGUUACUUGCUACUAUCGGAGAGCAGUUUGCAGAUUACUGUGCCUCAGACGAUGAGGUCGUCGGCGUCAGUGUUAGCGUUCGAGAUCGGGAAGAUGUCGUACAAGUCUGGAAUAAAGACGCGUCUCUGGCUAACGAAGCCAAUAUCUUGGGGAAAGUCUAUGAGCUCCUUCCUUACAUAACUUUUAAAGCUGUUUUUUAUAAGUCUCACAUGGAACAUCAUGCCUUUGAGGGAGGACGCUCAAGACAUUAGAUGGUGCUGCACUUUUUAUUUUCUAAACCUGAACUCUGCCCCUGCCUGGACGGAGAAGGCGCCGUCCGCAACCUUUAGUCAAGGAUGUUACUUUGCGUUGAACAAGGAAACGUCCUGAGUAUAUUUUUAUAACUUCAGAUAACUCGAUGCCUUGGUUCAUUUCUGGUGUGAGUCUGUGUUGACUUCCUCUUAUACUGAACUGCACUGUCCCAGUCCGGUCCGGUCCGGUCCGGUUCUCCACCCGGACCUCCUGGUAUAGAGGUAGCAGCUGUCCACUUUGUUUGAACUCUUCCCAUACGUCGGCUUAUUCGGUGCCAAAGCACUUUUCUGCCAUUUUAUUUUAUUUUUUUAUCCGAGUGUUGAAAGUGUUUGAUUCAUUCCGGGGUUUUUGCCUCCUCGUAUGUGUUCUCGUUCGUUUCCAGUCGUUGUACAGAACUGUGUUAAAGCCUUGUUCCACCUUUAAUUCUGUUGAAAUUAUCACUCAUUUAUUUCUAGUUGGUUUAAAAAAUUAAAUUCAGGCUAAAUAUGACAUAUUUCCUGCAAAAGGUCCUUUAAUCAGUGUUGAAUAAUGAUCUAAUGCAAAAAAAAAAAAAUCCCAUAAUUCUGACUGUUCAGGAGAACGUCAUCUCAGUAAUAAACCAAAUAUUUACAGGUUUUUUUGCACAGAUUAUGCAGUUUGAAAAUAAUGACAGGAAAUAUGUGCACAGCCUU